AUGUCAACUGCGCACGACCAGGUUUUGGGCCCCGAAUAUCAGACUCUUUUCGACCCAGACACCUGCGUUCGCAGGGGUCUUUGUCCUGUAACACAGAUCCGCAGCCAGAGCGGUCCGCUUGAGAGCCAUUCUUUGUACUAUGAGCAGCACGGCACUGGACCCGAGAAGCUCAUCUUUAUCAUGGGCCUUAAUAGCACAUCCUUCGGAUGGUUAUCUCAGGUCGAGCACUUUGGGAAACUUCCCCAGUACUCGGUACUAGUUUUCGAUAAUCGCGGUGUGGGUAUGAGUGGUACUCCGAGGGGUCCAUACACAUCGAGCGGCAUGGCGGAGGAUGUCAUAACAUUGCUUGACUAUUUGAAAUGGACCGAGGAACGUAGCGUCCACGUAGUGGGCAUCUCUUUGGGUGGGAUGAUCGCUCAAGAGCUCGCGGAUCGCAUACCCGAUAGAAUAAUUUCCCUGAGCCUAAUUGUCACGACAGCUGGUGGUAGAGUCUGGCAAAACAUGCCACCUUGGAAAGGUUCUACGUCGCUGACAAGGUUAUUGAUGACAGGAGAUCCUGACGUAAAGGUUCCAAUCAUAAUGAAUAUGCUAUACCCCCAACCGUGGCUAGCGGAGAAGGCUAAAGAUGACCCAGAGGGAAGGACCAACCUAGAAGUCCAAUCCGCUAUAUACCGCCAGCGUCUGAAGAUCACCCAACCCCAACCACCCAUAGGUGCUUUAUCGCAGAUGUGCGCAGGGCUUACCCACUACGUUUCACCUGCACGGCUGCGCAAGAUAUCCUCAUCGAUACCCAAAAUUAUCAUACUGACAGGCGACCAGGAUCAUCUAGUACAUUGCUCGAACAGUCUUCAUCUACAACGCCACAUGCCAGAAGCCGAGCUUGUUUGGUGGGAGGAGACUGGCCAUGGAAUUUCGGCACAAUGGAAGGCGAGAUUUAAUGAGCUCUUGGAGAAGACGUUUGAAGGAGCGAGGCUGUCAGUUGCGGCUGCAAGUAUAGACACGACUUGA